AUGAUACGCUCACGGGCAAAACGGAUUGGUAAAGGAGAAAAACCCGCUAGAUAUUUCUGUGGUCUAGAGUCAAGAAAUUAUACUUGUAAAAUUAUUCCAAGUAUUGACAAAGAUGAUGGAAAGUAUGAGACCAAGAAAAAAGUGCAGUUCACCAUUGGAUGUGGCAAAAGAAUGGACAUGGAUAUUAGAGAAGGGGAAGAACUUUUAUAUAAUUAUGGGGUGAAGGACUUGCCAUUGAAAAAGCAUACAAGAUUCAAAGAGUUCUCAUCUCAGCAGAUAAUGCCUUCAUACCCUAUUGGCAAGGCCGCAGUGAUUGUGAAAACUAAAGAGGGUGCAGAUGGACCAGCUUUUUCACUAGCAAGCCACUUGUGUUUUAUUGGAAGGUCAAGAGAGUGUGACUUAAUUGUUAAUACAAGCAAUUAUGAUGUAGAGUAUAAGCUACUGAUCGACGGGAAGAAGAUCUACUUGAAAGACAUGAAGAAGGGAGGGAGAUGCAGACAGAUAGGGAACAACAGCACUUUCUCUGUCAGUGGAAGAGAGUUUAAACUGAAGAUACAUGAUAAGGAUCCAUCCGAUGCUGAGGAUGAUGACAUGAAAAGUUCAGAUGAGGAAAUGUUAUCAGCAUCAGAUGCAGAGAAUGACACACCAGAUUAUGCUGACUGGAUAGCACCAUAUGAUGCAAGUGAGGUCUCAUCAGAAGAGAUAUCAGAUUCAGAGGAUAACAGUUUAGGAGAAGCUGAACAUUUCGAGUCAGUGAUUCCUCCUUCUGUAUCAGAAGAGGAUGAUACAGUCAUCUUUAAAGCCAGUGAAUCCAAAUCAAGUGAGAUAUCAUUGGUUGCUGCCAAAAGCAAUAACAACAAAGUUAUCAUCCAGCAAGCAACCCUUACAAACAACAGAAGAAGUGACAAACUCCAUUCCUGUCUAUAUUGCUGCCGAAUGUAUGCCCGUAUAUCACGACACUAUACUCAAGUACAUUCAAAAGAGACAGAUGUUGCCAAGGUAUUAGCUCUGUCUAAAAAUUCGAAAGCAAGGAAAAGCCUGUGGGCUAAAAUCGUCAAUAAAGGUGACUUCAAUCACAAUAUCGAUGUCAUGAAAAACCAACAAGGAAUGGUAAUACCUAAAUAUCGGCCAAGGACAAACCAGGAUUGCAUGACUAAAUAUGUUCCCUGCAAGUACUGUUUGGGCAUGUUUGUUCCAACCGAUCUCUGGAAACAUGCUAGAAGCUGCAAAAGUAGAGAUGAUCCCCAGAAAACAAAAGCAGGGUACAGAGAAAUGGUGAACAGUGGAAAACUGUUAUUGCCUGUGGUUGGGUCAAGUCACCAGCUGUUUGAAAACAUUCUUACAAAAAUGAAGAAUGAUGCCAUCACAAGGGCUGUGGAGAAUGAUGACCUGAUUUUACUUUUCGGUGAGAGACUAUAUAACAAAAACGGACAUAAUUUCCAUCAACAUCAAUAUAUUUCACAACGCCUGAGGGAACUUGGACGAUUCCUAAUUCAGAUGAGAGAGAUGUUUCCAUCAGAAUCAUUUGUGCUCUCUUCUUGCCUUCUGCCUUGCAACUGGGAUAAGCUUCUGAAGGGAUUGAAGCAAGUUGCAGGUUAUAACGAAGGAACUCAUGUUUAUGAUAUUGCUUCUCUCCCACUCAAACUGGGACACAGUUUUAGCAAGUGUGCCAAGAUUUUGAAAAUGCAGGCUGUUAGAGAGGACGACGAGGUCUUGAAGAAAACUGCAGAAGGAUUCCUUGAGCUGUAUGAAUCGGAAUGGGCAGAAAGUAUUUCAUCACAUGCCUUAACCACACUGCAUAAUUCUAAGUUCAACAAACCCCAGUAUGUCCCACUGGCAGAAGAUGUGAAAAGGCUAACAAUCUAUCUGAAGAAAAGAGCUGACGACUUACAGGAGAGUAGUGACUCCAAAGGCCUAGAUGACUUGGCAGAAGUUGUGCUAGCACAAUUAAUCCUUUUCAACAGAAAAAGAAGUGGGGAAACCCAAAGGAUGGAAAUCAAAGACUACAGGGAAGGUAUCAAAGAAAGUGGUGUGGCUAUAGAUGAAGAAGUCCAGAUGUCUUUGACAAAAUUUGAGAGGGAGUUGUGUGCAGUUCAUUAUCGCAUCGAAAUAAAAGGGAAGAGGGGCAGAAAAGUUCCUGUGUUAAUCACAGAAGAUGUCAAAAACAGUAUUGAUCAUAUGUUAAGCAAGAGACCAAAAGAGUCAAAAUAUCUGUUUAUGAAGACUGAAAAUACACAGCCCAUCAGAGGAUGUGAUGUGUUGCGAAAGUUUGCCAGAGCAUGUGGGGCCCAGCAUCCCCAGCAUCUGACUUCAACAAGACUCAGGAAACAUCUUGCAACAAUGUCUCAAAUCCUUGGUUUGAGAGAGGAACACCAAGACAUGUUGGCAAAGUUUAUGGGACAUGAUAUUCGAGUACAUCGGGAAUUCUAUAGACUGCCGGAGAAUGUGUUGGAGGUUGCAAAGGUGUCAAAGGUUUUGCAUCUGAUAAACAGUGGGUCCAUUUCUGCCUACAAAGGACAAGAUUUUGAUCAGAUAGAAUUUGAUAAUGAAGAACAAAUAAAGGAAAAUGAUCAAAAUGCAGACAUAUCUGGUGAUGAGGAUGAUGAUGAUGAUGAUGAUGAGGAGGAGGAUGAAGACAUAGUGGGAGAUGAUGAUAUUUGUGAGGAUGAACCACCACCUUCAAAGAAGAUGAAGAAAAAUUGUAGUCGCCGUACAUGGUCAGCAACAGAAAGAGCAACACUUGAGAGGGCUUUUGCAGUUCAUAUAAGGACAAUGAAAGUGCCAGGAAAGCUUGAUUGUGUAAAUGCAGCAAAGAAAGAGAAUUGCUUGGCUAAAUAUGACUGGAAGAAAAUAAAAUAUGCCAUCUACAACAUCAUUCUAGCUAGGAAAAGAAGGGUUUAA